AUGCGCCGGUACGCGCUGCUCCCGAUCGUCGCGGCGUCGCUCCGCACGGCGCCGCCGACGGCGCCGCCGCAGCGGCUCUUCGUCGCCGGCCUGGGCUACUGCGGCCUGCGCGCCGCCCGGGCCUUCCGGGCGGCCUACCCGGCCUGCGCGAUCGCCGGGUCCGCGCGGUCCGAGGAGCGCGCCGCGGCGCUGCGGCGCGACCACCCCUGGCUCGACGCGCGCGUCUUCGACCUCGACGACGCCUACCGCGGCCUCGACGGCGCCGGCGAGGCGGCGCUCGGCGCGGCGACGCACGUGGUGUCGACGAUGCCGCCCAUCGCCGACGGCGACGCGGACCCGCUCCUCGCGCUCCACGGGCUCCCCGACGGGUGCUGGGCCGCGUACCUGUCUACCACGGGCGUCUACGGCGACCACGGCGGCGCCUGGAUCGACGAGGCCGCGGAGCUUCGCGGCGCCGGCGCGCGCGAGGCCGCGCGGGUUCGCGCCGAGGCCGCCUACGUCGCCCGCGGGGGCGUCGUCCUGCGCCUCGGCGGCAUCUACGGGCCGGGCCGGUCGCUGCUCGACGCGAGCCGCGCGGCGCCGACGCGGCGGGGCGCGCCGGGCAAGCCCGUGAACCGCGUGCUCGUCGACGACGUCUGCGGCGCCCUCGUCGCCCUCGCGGCGGCCGGCGCGCGCGGCGACGUCGUCAACGUCGUCGACGACGACCCGGCGCCGCGCGCGGACGUCGUCGCCUUCGCGCGCGAGCUCACGGGCGCAGGCGACGCGCCGCCGCCGCCGCCGCGAGCGCCGCUCCGCGCGGCGCGCUCCGCGGGCGCCAAGCGGUGCCGCAACGCCAAGCUCCGGGCGAUCUACGACCUCGUCGCGCCCACCUACCGGGAGGGGCUCGCGCGGAUCCAUAGCGGCCCGGGCAGCCUCGCAGGGCUCGACAACGGCAGCGCCGCCGCCCGGCGCCCGGCCGCCAUGGACAACGUGCUGCCCGAGUUCAAGCGCAUCGACGCGUCCGGGAGCAAGCAGCUCAGCCACCUCCACUGGGACACGACGCGGGCGCUCAAGGAGCCGAGCGGCGACUACUACAAGCCCGAUGGGUCCGAGCUCGUCGCCGAGCCCAAGCCGCCGAAGCCGGCGCCCGUGCCGCCCCAGACCAAGACCAUCUCCACGGCCCUGGCCCCGACGAAGGAGCGGCCCAUCUGCGACCGCGAGCGCGGCGACGCGCGGCGGGACCGCAUCGAGCGGCCCGCGGCCGAGGAGAAGCAGGCCAAGGCCAUCGCCGCGCCCCGCGAGGAGACGUCGCUGCGCGUUUAUAAUGAUGUCGAGGACGACGGCGAGCUCUACCUGUCGCGCGACGACAACACGCGGCGCAUCCGCAUCGUGCCCCUGCCCCGGGGCGCGUCGCGGACCGUGAGGCUCGAGACGGGCGCCGUCGAGGACAAGACGGCCGAGCCCGUGCGCGGCGACGUCACGGUCGCGCUGUCGACCAUGGCGCGGCUCCAGCGCGUCGACGACGACGAGGCGAGCCACGC